AUGAUUCGCUCCUCGAUUGGACGCAGAGCCUCAUACAUGUGCGUAAAGCUUGUUUUGAAAUUCUCUUCAGAGUAUAGUCUGCGUGUAAUAUUGGGCCAAUGGGUUGCAUUCUUUCGGCACAUAGCGGAGGCCCUGUUAAUAAUGAGACGCGACAUCAAUGCAAUUGCAGUUAAAUUUAGGGCUAGGGUUAGGAAUGCAGGGAAAGCACUCGGUGGCCGCUCCACGGAAAUUUCGAAUUUACGCCAUUUAAAUUAUUGGGCAGCGGAUGUGCCUGUUUUUAAGGCCCCCAAGGAUGCCACCAAUGCCAAUCUGCUAGUGCUAUUGCAUGGGCUCUAUGGAUCUUCUAGGAACUUGAGGACACUUGGAAGGAAGAUCGUAGCCAAUGCAUCCAAUUCGUUUUCUGUUGCACUAGUUGAUCUUCGUAAUCAUGGGGCCAGCCCACAUUGUGAUUCCCAUUCAAUUAGGGACAUGAGCGAUGACGUAUUCGCCUUUAUUCAGUCCCAGAACGCACGCAAAGUUGUGCUUUGUGGACAUUCAAUGGGAGGCCGAGUGGCCAUGAAUAUGGCUACGCAAUCUCCAAAUUCCCUCUUGCAAGGGCUUGUGCUUUUGGAUAUUUCUCCUUUUUCGCGGUCGCUAGACAAGCAAACCGUCAAAUCCUUCCAUCUUUCGCUGAUCCAAAACCUGAGAAAAGCAGCAAACUUUAACUCGAUUUCAAAGUGCAAACGGUAUCUUUUAGAGUGCCAGUAUGGCAAUGAGCUUGUCGAGUGGAUGGUUGGGACAAAUUUUUUUACUUCUCCUGAUGCUGAGAAAGUCCAAAUUCGUCUUAAUCUCGAUGCCUUGGAAACCUUUAUUGACCAUCACUUUGAUGUUGGUGCAAAUUCACCACCCCAAGGGCUGGGCGGCGCGUACAAAUUUCCAUUUCGAAAAUCGUGUCUUUUCAUAAAAGGCGGUAAAUCAAAUUACAUCACUGAAAGGGAUUUUUGUGACAUCAACUAUUUGUUUCCCAAAAACCGCAUUGUAGAAUUCCCUUCUGCUGGGCAUUGGGUUCAUUCCAAUUUCCCAGCCGAAAUUGCUUUGGAAGUUGUCACGCUUUUGCAGGAAAUAUAG